AGUCUACAAAAGAUUUUAUGAGAUUCUAGCGAACUUGUAAAAACACUAAUCCACUGAAUAUGAGGUUAUCCGAGCAACCAUUCUAAACAACAAGUAAUAAGAGGCCAAAAGGAACAUGGCGAAUACUAUCACAGGAUGAAUAUACAACCCAAAAGAUGAACAUGUAAACAUACACCAUCUUAAACAACAGCAAUAAAAAAUUGAAGUAUGUAUGAAGGAUUUGGACAUGCCCCUAGAGGGGUUACCAGGAGAAGUGGUAGAAUAGCGAACCAAACGUCUAGAUUGUCCGCCUCGGAAGAGUUCGCCACGAAGUUCAGACAAAGGCCAACGACACAACCACGGGUGAUAGGGUUUGACAAUCUCAGUAUGAGGCCCCCAGAGAAAGUGUUAGUGAGAGGCGUAUAUGGAUUCUUUCCACCCGUGAAGUUAAGAAAUGGAAGUGGUACCAGCAGUAAAACGUCUCUUUCAAGUAGACGUUCACAGGAUAUCCAAUUGGAAGGUCCCUCAAUGGAGCUAGUUCCGCAAGAAACACAAUCCCUCCCAGCCCCCUCAGUGGCAUCCAGGUCAAAGUCAGGUAAAUCUCGCAAGUCUUCAAAAUCUGCAGACGCUGGCCUAACUCACGAACCAACGGUUGUGUCUCCCCGUAUGCGAGAUAACGAGGACGACAAAGACAAUAAAGAGCCAGCACAAUCAUCCAUUCCUCACCUACCUCCAACCCCUGCUGCUGAUCAAACUGCCAAAAGAGUUUAUCCAAAUAUUGUGGAUCCUGUUAAUAAACCAUUCUCAGACUUAAGUUUUCUACCAAGGCCCAAGAAAAUGACAAAUCGGAAUAAUUCUCCUUGGGUGUACAGGUUUAAGAUUAAAAAAGGAAUGAAUCAGCUUACAAAACUCAUGAGUAGUAAAACACCAGGGAUGAUGACUGUGACGAAUAGCACUACGCCAAGAACACCUAGAACACCAAGGACAGGAAAAUCUGAAACUUGAACAUGACUGGAACAUGUAAAAAUGGCAGAAACAAAAGCCCCGCUUGUGAUAUUAUGGUGCAAAUAACUUGGAUUAUAUAAAUAUCAGACUAGAAAAUUAGUUUAAACAUUUCUUGUUUGUUAUGCUGUUAAAAUGUUGUCACAAGUCCAAUUUGUAAACUGCUUGAACAUUUCUAGAAAAUCAAGUGGGAUAAAUGAAACUUAGCUUGUUCUAACAUUUUUUUCAAAGUGGAAUACACGUUCAUUU